AUGACCAUGGCUCUGAAGGACACGAGCAGCGGAGGCAGCACCAUACUGCCCAUCAGCGAGAUGAUCUCUUCCACCUCUCCGGCGGCCGUUGCCGCCACGUCUUUCACAGGUCCCUGCGCUCCCUCUCCCUUCCCCGAAGUGGUGGAGCUGAACGUGGGGGGCCAGGUCUAUGUGACCAAGCACUCGACGCUGCUCAGUGUCCCGGACAGCACUUUGGCCAGCAUGUUCUCGCCGCCUAGUCCCCGGGGCGGCGCCCGGCGCCGCGGGGAACUACCCAGGGAUAGCCGAGCGCGCUUCUUCAUUGACCGCGAUGGCUUCCUCUUCAGGUACGUGCUGGAUUACCUGCGGGACAAACAGCUCUCACUGCCGGAACACUUCCCGGAGAAGGAGCGGCUCUUACGAGAGGCCGAGUACUUCCAACUGGGCGACCUGGUCAAGCUGCUGUCGCCCAAGGUGACCAAGCAGAGUUCGCUCAACGACGAGGGCUGCCAAAGCGACCUGGAGGACAACCUGUCUCAGGGCAGCAGCGAUCUCCUCCUGCUCCGGGGAGCUGCCUCGGCCGCUACAGCCCCCGGCCCCGGAGGCAUCAGUAGCGGCUCCCUGCUGGACAAACGCUCGGGGUUCCUGACGCUCGGCUAUCGCGGCUCCUACACCACGGUGCGGGACAACCAGGCAGAUGCCAAAUUCCGCCGCGUGGCGAGGAUCAUGGUGUGCGGGCGCAUUGCCCUGGCCAAGGAGGUCUUUGGGGACACCCUGAACGAGAGCCGGGACCCCGAUCGCCCCCCGGAAAAGUAUACGUCCCGCUUCUAUCUCAAGUUCACCUACUUGGAACAGGCGUUCGACCGGCUGUCGGAGGCCGGCUUCCACAUGGUGGCGUGUAACUCCACGGGCACCGCCGCCUUCAUCAACCAGUACCGGGACGACAAGAUCUGGAGCAGCUAUACUGAGUACAUCUUCUUCAGACCACCCCAGAAAACAGUGUCACCCAAGCAAGAACACGAAGAUAGGAAGCAGGAUAAAGUCACAGACAAAGGAAGUGAAAGUGGGACUUCCUGUAAUGAGCUCUCCACUUCCAGUUGUGAUAGCCACUCAGAAGCUAGCACCCCACAAGACAACCCAGCUAAUGCCCAGCAGGCAGCAGCCCACCAACCAAAUACUUUGACAUUGGAUCGUCCCUCAAAAAAGGCACCUGUACAGUGGAUGCCACCACCAGACAAACGCAGGAACAGUGAACUCUUUCAGACACUAAUUAGCAAGUCUCGUGAAACCAAUCUUUCUAAAAAGAAAGUGUGUGAGAAGUUGAGUGUGGAAGAAGAGAUGAAAAAAUGCAUUCAGGAUUUUAAAAAAAUCCACAUUCCAGAUUAUUUUCCAGAACGCAAACGCCAGUGGCAAUCUGAACUGCUACAGAAGUAUGGAUUAUAGUAAUUGUCUGCUUCACAAAAUAUUUCAAGUAAUAUCCAAUGUUGAUUCAAUUACCAGUACCUGACUGAUGUCCUCCUUAUGGUCUGUUCUGCAGUUGGUGUGGUCCUUGCUGCUCCUCUUUCCGUAAACAGUAGAUGGUGGACAGUACCUGGUUUUGUUUUGUUUUUUUCUAAAAAAUGAAAAAAAUACCCACAAAUGAAACAAACACAAAUACAAAAUGAAAAAUGAUGUGUCUGAUCUGAAGCAGUUUGUAAGCGUGAAGUAGAAAUAUGCAUGAUCCAGAAUCUUGGAAUCUUGAUUUUUCAAGCUGUAGUCAACCGGACAUCUUGUCAUUUUGUAGUCCAUCAAACACCAGUCAUCCUACCACUCCAUGUUAUGUCACCAAUAAACAUGACUUAAUAUGGAUGAAGCAACAUGAAGUAUAAAAAUAUUAGAAGAUGGUUAUAGAACCCAGUCCCCAACUGUCUCACUGUUAAUGCAAUAAAGCAAAUCUCUCUUUUGCAUGAGCACAAUGUUAAAAUUAAGUUACACACAAAAAAUGAAAGACCGGUAGGUUGCUUGGAUGAAUAUUUACUUCAGGCCAGCCUGAUAUACUUAAGAUGUGUUGGGGAUUGAAUUUAUUUGUUCCAGAUGUGUGAUUUUCCUGUGUGUAUGGUGUUCUCUGUGUAAAGA